AUGAACGCUUACGCAAAUAAUAUGACAUUACUAGUGAGUUCUCCUCGACAUACUUCCCAAUUAACAACGAAAUAAUGCAGAAUUUACGAGACUCGGUGAGCCGUAUCGUCGAUAACUUUGGUUUCACGGACAUCGAUAACACAGCGCACGCAAAGCUGGUCAGCAUCGUGGCCGCGAUGAUGCACAGCAUGAGUCACACGUGUCGCAUUCUUAUUGAAAACUGUGCGAAAUCAAUCCGAAAAAAAAAUUAACAUAAUUUUUGUGUUUCAGCUGGAAGAUCGGCGAGCAGCUUGAACCCGAUUGACAUUAAACAUAUGUUCCGGAUGCAUCACAUUGAUGUGGAAGCAAUGGUUGUUUAUGUUAAUCACGUGAAUCCAUAUCCUCCCUCGGUAUGAUUCAUAUGCGAAGACUAUCAAAUUCACGGAAAUACUGUCUUUCAGAAAAUCGAAAUCCACGGAGAAAUGCAAUCUGCGCAAAAAGUUAAUAAAGAAAAGAAAACGGUGAAAUCAGUGUGCACGAAAGCUUCUAAAAAGAGAUGUGGGCGAUCGCCGAUAUACAAGUAAGAAUAUUUUGGGGAAAAAACUGUUUUUGUGUAUUCAAAUCGGUAAGGUCCACCAAUUAUAAUGAAUUUCCAAUUACAGACUGCCAAACUUCGACGACAUGGACGAUGUCCAACUUGGAUUCGCUUCCCUCGAUCCUGCCAUCCCACCUCCGGUCUUCCUUCCGCCCCCUCCUCCGCCUCCACCUCUUCCACCUGUAUAUUCACCGGAUGCUCACUUCGAAAUUCCGAUUUUCGAUCCGGAAAUCCCUCCUCCCCCGGUUUCCCAACUGCCCGCGCCGAACUAUACGACUCCAGACAUUCCGAGUAUCAUUCCAGAGCCAGAAAAAAUCAGUUGUACGAAUGUUGUGCUCGAUGUGUUCCUUCCGGUUGGUUUCACUAGAAUUUGAGAGUUGGUUCUCAACAUGCGUUUUCCAGGAUGAGCCGAAGGAAGUGUCUAAGUCAUUCAAAGUUCCAAAAAUUGAAAAUCCGUACAUUCUGCCGAAGACGCCUUCCAAUCCAACGUUGUCUGCUCCGCGAAUGACAAAGAAACGCAAAAUGCUGUCAAAGUACGAACGACGUCUUCGGGAUGAACAGACUGCGAUCGAAGAACAGAGGAAGGAGCGAAAGCUGGAGAAGAAGCGGCAAGAAUCGGAGGUGGCGCGGCGAAGUGCGGAACGGGAAAAGGAAAAACUGCCGAGUCUUGUGUUCAAGUUCAAACCGGAAGUGAUUGAAGAACGGCGACGGAAUGGUAGGUAUUUCUUGUUUUACUGCGCAUUUAUCACGUUUACAGAAUUAUGUUACGAACAUGGCGAGCAGCAGAGCAGUGCAAUGAUUGAGGACGACAAUCAGAAAUUGGGGAGCAAGCAGGAAAUCGAAGAAGCGAUGCCACCGAAGGACGGAUUGCCCGCGAUGCCUCUCCCGAAGAUGCACAUUCGAUACAAACGAGUCAAAAAGGGUCCGGGAACAUGAUUUUAUAUUUUUACGCAUCGUUAAGAUUUAAGGUAUCCUGAUCAAGAAAAUCACACACACAAACUUCAUAUGGUGCAAUGGAAAAUGGCAAGAGAGGAGAGCCAAGCAAAAGUUCCCGAAAGGGGUUCUCUCCGAUCCGCCGGUGAGUGCUUUCAACUCGGCCUCUCAUUUUCCAUUUUGAUAUUCUGCGCACAAAAGGGCAGCCAGCAGUUGCAUACCAAGUAAACUCAAAAGAGCGUAAAGAACGAGAACACGCAGGAAAUUUGUGAUGCAAAUUGAAUUUCCCGCUGUUUGACCGACAAGUGUUUCGUGUUUACUCCAGUCUCGUUUGAGAGCAAAAGGAUAGAUUUUCAGGCGACUCCGCAGAGACGACGUCUGGAAAGAAGCAAAGUAAGAGAGCUGAAAAGUGAAAAGCAGCGAGAAGUUAAUGGUUUUCAGCCGAUUCCAAAGCUGAGGAUCAUCCGAAAAGACGACGGCACUUACAAGACGAAACAACGCAAAUCCCGCUGA